AUGUUAAAAAUACAAAUACUUUCAUUUUUGCUUAUUACCCUGGCCAACUGCUGGAACAUUGAUUAUGUGGGCAAACGUCUGGCCCUGCCCAUAGCCAUGGGAACCCAGGAGACGCUUUUUUGUCCCUGCGCCGAGUGUCAAGAUGAAAAACUGGCAUUGCUCAUGAAAUGGAUUCAACUGGCCACCAUGCAUCCCCAGCUGGUCAUGUCUCAGCCAUCGGAUUAUGUGCUACGGAAUCACGAUGUGAAGAGGAAUCUUUUGACCAUAAUGAUACUCCAAGAUCUCGAUGAUCCCAUUGUGGAGGUACAUGCCAAUCUUUUGCGGGGACGUCAUUUCUAUGUUAACAUUUGGAUUCUCUACGAACCGCAAUGGAAUUUCACCCUCAUUGAAAAUAUUCUGGAAUAUUUAUAUGUCAAGAAAUUUGUUAAUUCCGAUUUGUAUUAUGUCAAUGCCUCCAAUGGAAGGGAUGAGGUAUUUGGCUUUGCCACAUUUCCGGAAUUCUCAGUGGAGAACAAAACCCAUUUGGUGGGUGAUAUCAAAAUGUUCUAUCAUCGAAUAAUUGAGAAAACCGAUUUAAAGGGUUAUCGUUUUGAGACACCCCUACUUAUGGAUGCGCCCAAGGUCAUACGAUAUUACAACAACAAUGGCGAAUUGCGGAUCCAAGGUGUCACAUACAACAUCAUGGAAAUGUGUUUGGAAUAUUUAAAUGGCACCCUAAUCGAAUCGCAAAUGGAAUAUUCCAGUGAUGGUGUGGUGAACAUGAAGAACGUCUUGGAAGGAGUGCGGCAGCACAAAGUGGAAUUGGCUGCCCAUGGCUAUGCUUUGUUCCACAACGAUGAUGAGGUGCAGAAAAGUUAUCCCCUGCUAGUGGUCAAUUGGUGUCUAAUGGUACCCAUUACCAACAAGGUCUUUACCAUGUUUUAUCCCCUGAGCCCGUUCCAGGCAACCGUGUGGCUAAACUUCUUGGUGGCCUUUGUUCUGAUCAACAUUGUGUCCCACUUUUUUCUCAAGUUCCAUGAUCUGGAUAAUCAUAAUUUUAUUUUGAUUAAUUUUUGCAAAUUCAUCAAUGCCGCUCCACCCAUUACCAGCCAUGGCAGUGACAUGCCCUGGUUCGAAAUGGUCAUAAAUGGUUUCAUUUAUGUUCAGGGAUUCUUUUUGGCAGCCCAUUACACCUCCAUGUUGGGUAGUUUCCUUGCGGUGACCGUUAUCAAGUCGGACAUUAACAGCAUCCACGAUGUUAUACACCAACAUUUGCCGGUCAUGAUCAUCGACUAUGAACUGGAGUUUCUCGAGGAGGAGGUAUUGAAUCUGCCCCCAAAAUUCAUGGAUUUGUUACAUGCCGUCAACACCUCUGUUUUCUAUGAACACCAACUAAAUCUCAACCAUUCCUAUGCCUACUUCGCCACCUAUGACACCUGGCAUUUUCUCAACCUACAACAGGCCCAUCUGAGAACUCCGAUUUUUCGUUACACGGACAUAUGUUUUGGCGAUUAUCAUUUGGCUUUUCCCAUGGUGGCGGAAUCGCCAAUUUGGCGUGACAUUGAACAUCUGAUGUUUCGUAUUCACUCAUCGGGGCUCUACUAUUAUCACGAGAAGAAAUCAUUUGAAUAUGCCCUACGUGCCGGAGUGGUUAGCCAUUUGGUAGAGGAUCCCUCGUUUCAUACUGUGGGUUUUACCCAUUUGCGCAUGGUUGUGGGAUUUUUGGUUAUAGGAUUCCUCAUGGCCUUGGUGAGUUUUCUCCACGAGUUGUGGCAGAGCCGAAGGGAGAGAGAGCGUGCUAAGAGAGUAGAUUUGGAGGACGAGGAAGCGGAUGUGGCCAAUAGUGUUUCAUAAUUUGGAUGGAGAAUUUUUUGGGGGAUUUUAUAGAGAAAACACAUACACCUGUAGUUUUAAUAUGCAUGUAGUGGAAAAUAAACAC